AUGGCACGACAGUACUCAUCCUCCUCCUCCUCCUCCUUCUCGACGUCGUCGUUCUCAUUAGUAGUCUUCAUAAUGUUCAAUAUUCUGGCGUCGACGCAGCAGCCGGCGGCGGCGGCUUCUCUGAAAGUGGGGUUCUACAAGUCCUCCUGUCCUUCCGCCGAAGCGGUCGUCCGAAGAGCUGUGACCAGAGCCGUUUCUCGAGAUCCGGGACUCGGCGCCGGCAUUAUCAGGAUGCACUUCCACGACUGCUUCGUCAGGGGCUGUGACGGGUCGGUCCUACUGAAAUCCGAACCUGGUGGGAACAAAACCGAGCGGGACCACCCGGCCAACAACCCGACCCUGCGAGGGUUCGAACCGAUCGACGAGGCCAAAUCGAACCUCGAAUCGAUCUGCCCGAACACCGUCUCCUGCGCCGACAUCCUCGCCUUCGCCGCCCGCGACAGCUCCUUCCACCUCGGCCGCAUCACUUACGCCGUCCCCGCCGGCCGCCGCGACGGCCGGAUCUCCCUCUUCGACGACAUCCCCGCGAACCUCCCGCCGCCGAGCUUCACCGCCGCCCAGCUGGCGGCCAGCUUCGCGCGGAAGGGUCUGACCGCCGACGACAUGGUGGCCCUCUCGGGGGCCCACUCGAUCGGCGUGGCCCACUGCUCCUCGUUUUCCGCGCGGCUCUACUCCUUCAACGCGACCCACGCGCAGGACCCGGGGCUGGACGGCGCGUACGCGACCGAGCUGAAGCGGAGGUGUCCGGAUGGAGGGGGUGACGUGGCGGUGGGGCUCGAUGCGACGCCGGAUCGGUUGGAUGGUAAUUAUUACGGGGAGCUGAGGAAGGGGAGGGGGUUGUUGAGUUCGGACCAGACGCUGAUGGAGAGCGCGUUGACGAGGAAGCGCGUGGUAGGGUUCGCGAGUGGCGGGAAAGGUGGUGGCGCGUGGGCGGGGAAGUUUGCUAAGGCGAUGGUGAAGAUGGGGGCGAUUGAGGUUCUGACCGGGAGUCGAGGCGAGAUUCGGAAACGGUGUGAUUUUGUCAAUUGA